UAGUUGGCGUUUGGUUCUGGUCUCUACUGGCUGUAUUUCCCUCUCCUCAGCUCAAGCUCGGGCCAUGGAGGCCGAGGCAGAGGAAGCCGAUUCGGGCGAGCGCUCGAAAGUGGCGCCCAGUGUGGAUUUCGACCACAGUUGCUCGGAUAGCGUCGAGUACCUGACUUUGAACUUCGGGCCCUUCGAGACGGUGCACCGGUGGCGCCGCCUCCCGCCCUGCGAUGAGUUCGUCGGAGCCCGCCGCAGCAAACACACCGUGGUCGCCUAUCGGGAUGCUAUUUACGUGUUUGGCGGAGAUAAUGGAAAAACCAUGUUGAAUGACCUGUUGAGAUUUGAUGUGAAGGACUGCUCAUGGUGCAGGGCUUUUACCACAGGGACACCACCAGCACCCAGGUAUCACCAUUCAGCUGUAGUCUAUGGAAGCAGCAUGUUUGUAUUUGGUGGCUAUACUGGAGAUAUUUAUUCCAACUCCAACUUGAAGAAUAAAAAUGAUCUUUUUGAAUAUAAGCUUGCAACAGGCCAGUGGACAGAGUGGAAGAUUGAAGGAAGAUUGCCUGUUGCCCGGUCAGCUCACGGUGCAACAGUCUAUAGUGAUAAACUGUGGAUCUUUGCAGGAUAUGAUGGGAAUGCACGAUUAAAUGACAUGUGGACUAUUAGUUUACAAGACAGGGAUUUAACUUGUUGGGAAGAGAUUAAACAGACCGGAGAGAUUCCUCCUUCAUGCUGCAAUUUUCCUGUAGCUGUUUGUAAAGAGAAGAUGUUUGUCUUUUCUGGCCAGAGUGGAGCAAAGAUCACCAAUAAUCUUUUUCAGUUUGAAUUCAAGGAAAAAAUUUGGACACGAAUUCCCACUGAGCACUUAUUAAGAGGCUCUCCUCCUCCACCACAAAGGAGAUAUGGUCACACAAUGGUUGCCUUUGAUCGCCAUCUCUAUGUAUUUGGUGGUGCAGCAGACAACACAUUGCCUAACGAACUUCACUGCUAUGACGUGGACUCUCAAACCUGGGAAGUUAUCCAGCCAAGUCCAGAUAGCGAGUUGCCAACUGGAAGACUCUUUCAUGCUGCAGCUGUCAUUUGUGAUGCAAUGUACAUAUUUGGUGGAACAGUGGAUAAUAACAUUAGGAGUGGAGAAAUGUAUAGAUUUCAGUUUUCUUGUUAUCCAAAAUGUACUUUACAUGAUGACUAUGGAAGACUGUGGGAAAACAGGCAAUUUAGUGAUCUGGAGUUUGUUCUUGGAGAGAAAGAAGAGAGGGUUCGAGGGCAUACAGCCAUUGUCACAGCUCGCUGUAAGUGGCUCAGAAAGAAAAUUACACAGGCAAGAGAGAGGUUGAAACAGAAAUCUAAGCAAGAAAUUGAUGAGGAAGGACAAGGGACACCCCAGAAGGAGCCGGCAGGCAACAAUGUCAAGGUGUGCCGCUUGCAGCCUCUGCUGGAGGUGACCAUCCGAGAAGCAGAGGCACAGCCCUUUGAGGUGCUCAUGCAGUUCCUUUACACGGACAAAAUCAAAUACCCACGCAGAGGACAUGUGCAAGACGUUCUUCUAAUCAUGGAUGUGUACAAAUUGGCCCUUAAUUUCAAACUGUCACGAUUGGAACAGCUCUGUGUCCAGUACAUUGAGGCAUCGGUAGAUCUGCAGAAUGUGCUUGUUGUGUGUGAAAAUGCAAACAAACUUCAACUAGAUCAGCUAAAGGAACACUGCCUGAAUUUUGUGGUAAAAGAAUCACACUUUAAUCAGGUAAUAAUGAUGAAAGAAUUUGAGCACCUUUCUUCAUCUUUGAUAGUGGAAAUAGUACGAAGAAAGCAGCAACCUCCACUUCGAACACAUUCCGACCAGCCUCUUGAUAUUGGAACCUCAUUGGUUCAGGAUAUGAAAGCCUAUCUGGAAGGUGCUGGUCUAGAAUUCUGUGAUAUCAUUCUACUCUUAGAUGGACACCCAAGACCAGCUCAUAAAGCUAUCCUUGCAGCCCGCUCCAGAUUCGAACUAGUUGGUGAUGCAUCAGACUGGUUAAGUUACUUUGAAGCCAUGUUUCGUUCUUUUAUGCCAGAAGAUGGGCAAGUUAACAUUUCAAUUGGUGAGAUGGUUCCAAGCAAGCAAGCAUUUGAGUCCAUGCUAAGAUAUAUUUAUUAUGGUGAAGUGAACAUGCCUCCUGAAGAUUCCCUCUACCUCUUUGCUGCUCCUUAUUAUUAUGGAUUCUACAAUAACCGACUUCAAGCAUAUUGUAAGCAAAACCUGGAAAUGAAUGUUACUGUGGAAAAUGUGCUCCAGAUUUUAGAGGCAGCUGACAAGACCCAGGCUUUGGACAUGAAGAGACACUGCCUGCAUAUCAUUGUUCACCAAUUCACCAAGGUUUCCAAGUUGCCAAAUCUUCGGUCCCUCAGUCAGCCUCUCCUACUUGACAUCAUAGAAUCAUUAGCAAAUCACAUAUCGGACAAGCAAUGUGCUGAGCUUGGCUCAGAUAUCUGAGAUUUCCGGUUCCAUUUCUUGCACUUUUUCUUCAAGAGACUGCAAUUUUCCUAUCAUCAGUUUAUCUCUAAUCUUUAUUUUCAUUCAGUGCUAAUUUGGUAAAAAUGGCCUUAUAAAGCAUAGAAACCUUUGAAUAUGUGGCAGUACUUUGUGGCUUUGUCUUUCUAAAGAUAGAUUUGAACCUCAAUCAGAUGUCAGGAUGCAAGGAGAGAUGAUAAGGCAUCUCCCGGGCACAUGGCAGUUACUAAUAAUCAAGCUUGAUUAAUCAAGCAAGGAAAUGUUUGCAUAGUUAUUGAUGAAUAUUAGUAAUGCCUCUUUGAUUUGUUGCCACUGAAAAUGCCAUCGCUAAAUUUGCACCACCACAAGAUGGUUUUAUCACAGUAUACAAAUUUGCUUCAUUUUCCCAUCUGUACCCUUCUGCUGCCUGCCAUAAUUCUUAGUAAUCAGGAAAAUUGUGUCAGAAGAUGAAAAGAACUCUCACUGCCUGCUGUGGAUGUUUUCAGGUAACAAUGAAUGCAGUGGAGCAGCCGAAAUGGUGGUGUUAUUCUCUGGCAGUGUAACAAGUCACUACAUGGAGCAUCUUUUGUCAAGGUGCACCUAGCAUAUAUUCGCUUAACAGAUAAUAUUCUUCUUUUCCCAACUUCUCUAAGAAGAUGUUGCCAAAGACUCUCUUCAAAAAAAUAAGUUGUUGUCCCUUUUGGUGUAUGUCUGUUUAUAGUUAGAUUUAAUAAUUUUCCUAGAAAUUACGGUGACAAAGAAAUAUAAAUGCAUUCUGGAAUGUGAAGUACUUCAGAAAUCUUCAGCAUCUUCUCUUUCUAAUUAGGGAACAUUAUUUCCUGACAUUUUCCACAGUUAAGUUCUCAGUGUAGCUUGGAAGAUUCACAUAGAAACUGGUAGAAUUAAAGAUGUCUGUCUACCAGAGUUUUUUUUAAAAAAUCUAUCAAUAGUAAUUUAAACAUUUCCAAACAAAAGGUUAUAGUUGAAAUGCUGAGGUUUUUCUUGUGUGGCUUCUUCUGUACUCUUUGUGCUGUCUUUUUUAAUUAUCUGAAUAAAAUAGCUAUUUCUGUUAACUAAAAGGGCACAUUUGGGGGAUUAAUAAAAACUUCAAUUUAGGUUUUAAUAACAGAGGCAUGGAUAGGUAUGUCAGAUUGGAGAAAUAACCCAUGGAACUCUGACAUGUAACCAUUAGAAUCAGAACAUUGUAAAAAGAACAAAACAUUUCCAUGUGAGUGCAGCACACUACCCUUUUAUUUGAUCUCUAGAUUCAUGCAGUUAACAUGGUGGUUCCAGAGAAUGAGAGAAAUUAGGUGAGGUGAUACCCUUUAUGGGAUCACGUCUGUUGGUAAAGUAAUAUGCACAUUUUGAGUUUUAUAUAAAACUUUUAAUGAAAGAAUUCUGAGUAACAUUUCAUAUUUUUUUUACUGAUCUAUUUAUGUUUACCAGUUUUUAGAAAACAUACAGGAUAGUAUAAAAAAGAUUUAAGUAUUUUAGGUAAUAUUUAUGUUCUGAACAUCUGAAUUUAGGUCUGUGGUUGCAGUGCUGUAGCAGUUGCCAGGGCUCUUGUAAGGAGUUUUUAGUUGGGGUCAUCAGGUUUAAUCUUCUAGACCAGGGGUGGGAAACCUAUUUUGGAUGAAUGAUAGGCCAUUUGACUUAGUACAUAUUUUAAGGACAAAUAGAACUAAUCAGAUGUAUCCUGUGCCUGUAUAAUCUAAUUUUGAAACUUUCAAUCAUUAGGAAGGGGAGGUAUAAAUCAACAGGAUUGGUUUGUGUAAUAACAAGCCUGUAAAAUGGUUAAUUAUACUUCUCAAUUACCAUUAACCUCAGUAGUUAUACUUUCUAUUCAUGAAUCCCAUUUAAAAUGUAAGUCUUUCCACUUUAGUAAUAUUGAGCUGAUGUUUUGUUGCCAAGUUACUUUUUUUUCCAAACUAUGUUUGAGAUUUUGCAUAUUAUCUAGCUAAAGACGUUAUUUUAGCAAAACUCAUACUUAAAACUGGUGUGUAGUGCUGACUCUGUAUUAUUGACAAGUCCGCAGACAAUUUUCUAAUAAUGAAGUAUCCUGAUGCAGUGUAGAUAAUGGAUUUUCCCUAGCACAUGCAGUUCUUUGCCUCUGAAUCUCCAGGUGAGUCAGUGAUGAUACAUUUUAAAGUGAUAGUUGGAGCUGUCACACACACUGCUCCAAUUUCAUAAUAAGAAUAGAAGUAUCAUUCAACAUCUGUACUGGUAGUUCUCAUAAUUAGCCUGUAUGCAAGUUCUUUGAGUUUACCCAGAGAGGUAACCUUGUAUGAUCCAGAGUGAUUUUCUCCACUUGCUCCUUAUUGUGUAACUUGUUUGUGCCUCCAUUCUGGAUGUGGCAAAAAUGUGGCCUGCAGUGUCUGGAUUAAUCUGUGAGAUUUGGAUCUGCAUAAUCUUCUGAACCCUUCUAACCUUGUGAUUUUUUUAAUGCCUUGAUUGUAAAUAUCCAUUCUUGGAAGUAAGUUCUAGUUCCAAAUAACACUUAUCAGGAUCUCUGUUGAAGGCUCUUCCCAUGUGUAUGGGUAUACUACUUCUUCCAUUUUAUUAUUGUAAAGGCAAUUCUUAUUGACCAAAACACAAAUGCUAGAUAUAUAGUGGUAGGGAAUAUUCAUAUUAUUUAGCAGUGGAAUUGCAUAUUCCAUUAAGCAACAUAUAACUAUUCCAAGGGUCUCAAUAAUUUAAGCCUCCUUUGAGAACUGCCUGGAGAGCUUCAGCUAUUGGGCAGUAUAGAAAUGAAACGAAGCUGUGAGUUUAAAAAGUCAGGGACUCACUCUGACUUUUUUGCCAGAGUGAGGUGAAUACGGCGCAUCCGCUGUUUAAUCUCCCUGCAGCAUUGUGGGAAAGGCAUUCCCAGGUGGAUGGCAACCUGAUUGUUCAACAUCCACCAGGGCGGGGGGCGGGCCCAGCAAGCUGAAUGCUGCCAGAAAUCCCAUGCUUUCUCUGCAUCGGGAUUAGCCACCGCCAAUCUGUAGCAGAGAAAGUGUGGGGUUACUUUAAAUCCAGCAACAACUCGCCACCAUUCAGGCAGCCCCCUACCUGCAACCCUGAUUUUGUUUGUUUGUUUUGUUCAUCUUAUGUUUUUCAUUAUGGCAGUUGUGUAAUGAAGAAGACCAGCCAAGAUCCUCUCACUGAGCUAGGCAACUUAGAUAUUAUACAAAUGGUCCUGGCCAAGCUCUAUAUCCCAACCAGACAAUUGGAGCCCCUUUUUUUAUGGCACGUUAACUUUCAUUUGCAUUGUUCCAGUGCAUCUACCUUGUUGGGACCAUAUCACCUUUGGUCGGGUUGCAUUGAUAUCAAGUAAUAUUUUCUGUCAUUGGCUUCAGUCAAUCUUUGUGUAAUGUAAGGUUCAUUAAGAUGAAUAAAUGUCUUUGGUGUUAUCUGA